AUGGCAUCCUCAAACGCCACCAUCCGCCACGCAACACGCGAGGACGUCCCCACAAUCCUUGGCCUCAUCCAAGAGCUCGCCGACUACGAAAAGUCGUCGUCCUCGGUAAAAGCCAGCGUCGACUCACUCACCCGCACCCUCUCCCACGCCGACGCUGCCGACCCGGAGAAUCCCGACAAGUUCUCCAAGGGCUUCGCCAAGACCCUGCUUGCCACAGACCCCGACGGCACCGUCGCCGGCAUGGCCCUGUAUUUCUACAACUACAGCACCUGGACCGGCGUGCCCGGCAUCUACCUCGAGGAUCUGUUCGUCAAGGAGCAGUACCGCAACAAGGGGUAUGGCGUCAUGUUGCUGAGGCGGUUGGCCAAGGAGGUGCUUAAAGUCGACGGCAAGAGGCUGGAGUGGAGUUGUCUGGACUGGAAUGAGCCGAGUUUGCGGUUCUAUCAGAGCGAGAAGAUUGGCGCGGGCAAGAAGGACGAGUGGGUGGGACUCCGGGUUGAGGGCGAUAAACUGCACAAGCUGGCGCAAUCAUAG